UUCAACGUCGAGCGCAAGAGCCUGCUCGCACCGCAACAGCAGCAGCUGGUGCAGCCGAGGACAUUACUUUGUUACAGCGGAGCCACCGGAGAGAAACGGACGGACUGAAUCCGUCGGAAAAGUGUGAACAGUUGGGGGAAAACGGUGCGACGAAACGCCUGUUGCCGGGACUUGAAGGUGGCAGGUGUUAUAUGAACUUGUCAGCGGAUUUAAACGUUUUGUUUUCGCCGAGAAAAGCUGUGUUUUCUCAAAGUUGAGCCCGGAGAGGAGUUCAGGAUGUCGGACUGAGACAAAGGGGUCUGGGGGGCAUUCCUGUCGGAGCGCAGGUCAAACUUGUUUCUGGAAGUCUCCUCUGGAUGGGAAAGAUGGAGAGGGAGUUGCAAUGGUGGAAGGGACAGCUAGCUGCAGAUAUCCAUCAAUCCCUCCGCAUCAAGGAGCUGAAGCUGCCGGUCUACCGGGCCCACUCUCCUCAGAUCGGCAUGCGGCGGUACUUUGCGGACCUACUGGCCAUCCUGAGUAACCGCUACCAGCUCUGUCCCACAGCGAGACACCUGGCGGUCUACCUGCUGGACCUGUUCAUGGAUCACUAUGAUGUGGCAGUCAAGCAGCUCUAUGUCAUUGCCCUCUCCUGCCUGCUGCUAGCCAGUAAAUUUGAGGAAAAAGAAGACCGGGUUCCCAAACUGGAGCAGCUGAACUCUCUUGGCUUCAUGUGCAGCCUGAACCUCGUUCUCAACAAGAAGGAUCUGAUCAAAAUGGAGCUUCUGCUGCUGGAGACCUUUGGCUGGAACCUGUGCAUGCCUACACCUGCCCACUUUAUUGACUACUACCUCCACGCCUCUGUGCAGGAGGGCGACCUGUACAACGGCUGGCCCCUCUCCUCCAUCUCAAAGACCAAGGCCUUCAUGGACAAAUACACUCACUACUUCCUGGAAGUCUCACUUCAGGACCACGCCUUCCUGAGUUUCAGACCAUCUCAGGUUGCUGCUGCAUGUGUGGCAGCAUCUCGUAUUUGUCUUCAGAUUUCCCCCAGCUGGACGACUGCUCUGCACCUACUAACAGGCUACACCUGGGACCACCUCACCCAGUGUAUUGAACUCAUGCUGCUUGCUCAUGACAACGAUGUCAAGGAGGCCAACAAGACCAAAUCCACUCCUCCUCACAGACCCUCCUCUCUGCAGUCCCAGCCUCCCACCUCCCACCUCUCUCCAGUGUCAGCCAUCCAGAGACCAGCCUCCUCCUCUUCCUCCUCCUGCUCCUCUUCCUCCUCCACACCACAGCUGCUCUUUCAACCGGAUGCCUUUUCUCACCUCUCCCAGCAUUCUCCAUCCCUCUCCCAGCUGCAGGUGCUCGCUGACUCUCAGGCUCUGGGGUCUGUGGUGAACAUGUCUCAGGACUUUCUUCAGAGCCACAGGAUGGGACUCCUCGCAGGGGCUCCUUCCAUGACUCCUGCGGGGGGAUUCCCCUCCUACCCCAGCCUGGCCGCCAGUCUCCAGCCGGGGGCACGAGGAUUGCCACUUCAGGGCCCAAUUUCAGUGCAGAUGGCCCUCGCCGGAGAGCCGCGACACUGUCUGAGCAUGGCCUACAGCGGGGGCUACCUGGGGUCUCAUCACACUUUUGCAGCCGGCUGCUUCGACAGGUGACGCCAGGAGACGGAGAGGGAACACAAACCCCCGCGGGAGUGCACUGUUAUGCUUCCGUCCAAAGUCCCCACCCCCAAAUACCCUUUCUCAGACCUCCUCUCUCUCUCCGUCAGUUCAACUACACUUUCAGCUCGUCCAGCCGCCCUGCCCCACUCACAGAGACGCCUCAAACGCAAGCAGAGGUCUAAAGGCAAGACAGACCCGGUGGAAGUCAUCACACUGACGUGACAAAGGCUCUCCUAGCAGAAACACUGACUGAAACAUUACUGCCAUGUUCUGACUGGUUUUAUAAAUCCAUGUAACCUAAGACUGUCUUCACUGUGAAUGAGAUGAAAGCAGCAGUGUGAUCGAACACCCACCUCAUUCAGUGCCUCUUCUCAGUUGUGUAAUAGCUGAGCCAAUUUUAGAAUUGCACAGAGCACAAAGGAUCUGUGAUAAGGAUGUAUUUGCUGCUUACAUAUUUCUGUUUUGACUUUCUAAUCCCAAAACUUGAACACAUUUUCAAGAGGAGAAAUUGGCCGGUAUAAUUUCUUGAUCCGACAUUUAUUACAGAUAUAAAAAGAAAAAGAGGCCAACGUUAAUUGAACUUCUUUAGCUUUUAUCUGAGCUGAAGAGCCCUCUGGAGAGUCCUCACCACACAUUUUCUCUCAGAGGGGACAAAGACAUGUUUUUUAAGCACACCAGGUGAAGGAUACACCUGUGCUGCCCUACAGCGUUUAUUUUCCUACUUCCUCCUCUUUGUCCUCGUCAUCUCAUGUCUCCCAUCUCCAAAGUCGAGCCUCGUGGCAGAACCGUCACACCCUGGGGUUGAAAUAUUUCUCUCCAGGCUUUGUCAUAGUAACCUUUUAAUUUCACUGUCUCUGGCACCACUCAAAGAAUUGAACACACACUGAUGUGACUGGACCGUUAUGGUUAAGGAGACAUGGACUUUGGUUGUGUAUUGUACAUAUGAAUUGCUGCUGCCUUCUUAUGAACUGUUGGUUCUGUGUCUGUGUUAAUGACUCAAAUGUUUACAUGAACCACUAAGUAUCAGGGACUUAAACAAGAUUACUUGAAUAUGAUGCCAUUGAAACAUGCCAUAGCUUUUAUUUAUAAUGUGUUUUUUUUUUCCUUUUCAAUGUAUUGUUUGAUUUAGAAUAGAUUUUUUUACCAGCUUAGAAACACACCAUUGAUUAAUUGUAGUUAUUUUUUGUACCUGUUCAUAGAAACUGUGUACUCAGGCUCAGGUUUCAAGGCUGAAUCUCGCAGCCUUUUCAUUACUCUGUGCUAUUAUGCUUUAAAGUGGAUGCAACUGCAGCAUCUGCAGGGGCUGGAAUAUUCCCCUUCUUCAUCACUGGACCGUACUCUGCUUACAAGUCAAUAACUGAAAGCACGACACAGUCUGUUUACUUCGUAGAGGAACGAACCCGUGGUCACUGGUUUCAAACAGACAUCUGUAGUCAGUCCGCAGUAAUUGCUUCCCAGAUUUCUAAAGCUGCAAUCCCCAAUCGUCCCUCUUCCUGUUCAAGUAUAAACACAUGCAGAUCGGGUUGCCCACUGGUUACCAUGGCAAUACCUUAAAUGAUCUUGGACGUUUUCAACUGAAUUAACGCAGCAGCUAAGGAUUAUUUUCUCCACUAAUUUAGUUUUUUCCAAAAUAAUUUGAGGAAAUUGUGAAAAUGCUGUUAUAUAUCCCACAGCUCAAGUUGAUCUUUUCAUACAGCUUCUUUGAUUGGACAAGAAACCCAAAGAUAUUCCACAUUGCAUUCAUUACAAAAAAAGCAGCAAAGUCUCACAUGCAAAAUCAGAGAAUCAGGAGCAUUUUUUUUGGCGUGAAAAUGAAUGAAACUGUUUACUUCUGAGUGUUGCAGCUCUCCUGUGACCUCUAACCUCUGGGAUAAUGAGAACUGAAUUCAUGUUGAGCUGCUCGGUGUUGUGGAAACUGUGAGCUUGAGUUUUAAUAUGUUACUUUUAGUUCUUUACUGAAGUUUGCAAGUUCUGAAUUAACACAAAACUGCUGUGGUCAUUGGACUUCCUCCACACGUUGUGCCUCUGCCUCAAACCUCAAAUGCAUUAUCAGGGUUGCAUUUCUCAGAAAACACUACAUGAAGCAACACUGAAACUGUUACAGUCACAAACCACCCAACCAGUUUGUUUUCUUCUCACUGAUAAGGCCGUGUUCCUGUGCAGCCCGGUGAUCUCAUACUAUGCCUUUUGUUUGAACUCUUUGUGUACAGUUGUGUUUCAUUUUUCAUUCCUUUUCUGUGUAUUUUAGUUCAAGAUAUUUGUGAUUCUCCUGGUGGAUGCUGUCAGUCUGAACUAUGUUUCAAGAUGUUCAACUUACACUUUUCUUCAUAAGUCACAAGCAACUUCUCACUGAGGUGUCAAAGGUGCAAUACUAUGCUUUUUUGUUUUCUGUUUAAACUGACCACAGCCAUCACUGACUCAUGUUCACCACUGGUUCAUCUUUUGUAACUUAUUUUUUGAUAAUUGUGUGAUUUGACUUGGUCUCCUCUAGAGGGCAGUGUGCUCUGAACACAAUGAAUAUGUUGCAUAUUGCAGCCACCUCCUUUGAGUGAUAGAUAUUACUAAAUGCUUUUAUCUUAUUAUUAUUAUUUUUUUUUUUAGCUAUUUAGAGAUUUCCUGUGCACCCCCCCCCCCCCCCCCCCCUCCUCCUCCUCCUCCUCCUCCUGUGAAAAGUGCUGAUGUCACUCACUCCAAACAUCACUCCUCUAACAUGAUAGUGAUGAAAUGACACCACAAACUUCCAAUUUAUAUUUUUAUAUUACUUUGUACCCACGUGUAGUCUUGGAUUAUGUGACACUGAUUGAUAGAAAGACUUCUUUUAUCACAAUGUGCCAUGGAAAAAAAUAAAGACACGAGUGAACUAAG